AAAACCCUAGGACCGCGUGGGGUAGAUAUUGUGGAAGGGAUUUAUCGGAUUAGCGGUGAAUAGUCAGCCCCCGAUUGUCGUACAAUCACCAGGUGAUAUCAGGGGGUGCGAUUUGGACGAUUAUCACUCGAUUAUUAUUUUUUCAAUAAUUGACAAUAGCCACUGGCACUGGGGGGUGGGGGGAAUUAGCAUCGAUAUUCGAUGAUAAAAUAGAGGGGCAAAGGGAAACGAUUGGUUGGUGGCCCCGUUAGAGGGUUUCGCUCGGUGGUAUCUCACCCCCUCGUCUGUACAACGUACCUCCUUGAAUCGCACGUCAAUCAUCCGACUUGGCAAUCCCCUUUCUCCACCACAAUCGGCUUAAUAAUUACAAUAAUAAUAUCCAGUGAAAGUGAUAAAUUGAUAACCAGUGAAUGAGUCGUUAAAGUGCGGACAAGUUGACUAAACAAAGUAACAAACGAUUUAUUAUUAAAAUACGACAACAUCACCGGUCUCGUGUUAUCCGGUGUAGCUGUCAGUUACCAGUGUUGGCGAUUGGGUUGUGGUGAUGCCUCGAAGAUCAUUUGAUCAGUACGUAGGCAAGGAAGAAGCCGGCGUAUACCGGAAACGCUGACGAGACCAGUACCGGCUGGGACCGGUCCAGGCCAUGAUCGGCCCUUCAAAUCAAAGGGCACGCACCCAUCAGCGUCGUAAAUAUCCGAUAAUAACGUGCACAAGUGAUGAUAAAUAUCCAGUUAAUGGAGAUAUCAUCGAUGAAUUAUUGAUAACAUCGCGUGAUAAAUUACGACUUGAUGGUGAAACGUUUGUGGAUAGUAAAACGUGUCUUACUGGUGCUAAUGAAGUGGACCAGUGGAGGCAGACUGGGGUGUAUCGGGCCAGUGGAUGCUGCCAAAAAAAUAUACGACGCGAGAGGAGAAUUGAUAGAACGGAGAGUCACCUAUUUCUAUUGUUUGCAACCGCCGCUGUAUUUAUUGCACUUGCAUUAUCACCAGUGAUGGGAGCGACGAGUGACAGUAUAGACGAUGAAACGUCUAGUGCAACGUCGUUGACGACAGCCUCAACGACAUCACCACCAGUGUUACCUGGUAAAACGAGAGUGUUCGGUGAUCUCGGGGGUAGCAUUGACCUCUUAGCUGCCCUACAACUGCACAAUAGAACACGCCAGGGGGUUACGCAGGUACCAGGACUAGCCAGGCUCAAACCUGCGUAUUAUCUCCAGGGCGAGGAGAGGGAUCUCCAGUUGAGUCAGACGAGCUUUGAGCGAGCGGCAUCACUACUUCGGCGGGUUCCGGAGUUCACUGUUGCUGCAGCACUUCGCCAAGAGGAAGCUAAUUCCGGUACAAUCGUAGCCUUCUCCCAUGGUAAUAAUAGGUAUUUGGAGCUGCAGAGCAGCGGCCGAAAAGACGAGCUCCGUCUUCACUACGUUUCCCGACGUGAUGGUGCUGUGCACGUCGAGUCAUUUCCAUUUCGUCUUGCUGACGGUGCGUGGCACAGGGUUGCACUGAGUAUCAGUGGCUCGCAGGUCGAGCUACUCGUCGAUUGUCAUCCGCUUUACAGACGCCUACUCAGACCUGGACCACCAGAUACUAAUUUUACUCUGCCACAACUUCAACUCUGGGUCGGCCAGAGAAAUGCCAAGCACUUUCUAUUCAAGGGUGCUCUCCAAGACGUCAAGCUUAUUCCAGGCGCCCAUGGAUAUCUGUCGCAGUGCCCUCAGCUCGACACUUCCUGUCCCACAUGCGGACAGUUCUCAAUUCUUCAGAAUACUGUUGAACAACUUAUGCACAAUUUAAACGAAUUGACUCGUAGGCUAGCUGCUGCAGAGGGUAGAAUAAGCAAAGUGGAGGAAUGCGAGUGCCAAAAAUCAUGCAGGGAGAAUGGUACUGUUCAUGAUGAUGGAGCAACGUGGGAGAAAAACUGUCAGUUGUGCUCCUGCGUUCACGGGGAAAUCGAGUGCAGGCCGAUACCCUGUGCACCAGUAACAUGCAAAUAUCCUCUUAUACCUGAGGGACAAUGUUGUCCCAUCUGUCUGAAACAAUGUUACACUCACGGUGUCAUCUUCGAUCACGGUGAGAAGAUGUCCCCGAGGCAAUGCCUCGAGUGCGAGUGCAUCGAUGGAGUGUCCGAGUGCUCCAGAACGAAGACAAAAUGUCCACCAUUACCCUGUUCACCCAGUGAGCAGAUAACUGUGGCCGACGAGUGCUGCAAAUUCUGUCCAGGGGUCGACUAUUGCGCUAAGGGCCACAAAUGCCAUGCAAAUGCAUCUUGCGUGAAUCUCCAGACGACCUACGCCUGCCACUGCAAUCUCGGCUUCCAAGGGGACGGCCAAAACUGUCAUGAUGUUGAUGAAUGCAAACAACAGGGCGGCUCCGAGGGCCACCACUGUAAUGCUAAUACCCAAUGUGUGAACGUGGUUGGUUCGUACACGUGUGAGUGUCUUCCUGGGUAUCACAGGGUGGACAAGUUCAACUGCGCUGAGUUGGAUGAAUGCGCGACUGGUCAGCACUCGUGCUCAGAGCACGCUACUUGUGUUAAUACUGCUGGAAGUUACUACUGCGUUUGUAAGGAGGGAUACACAGGGGAUGGAUACACUUGCAAACCGGUGUGCAAUGGGACCUGUCAAAAUGGGGGUGAGUGUAUAGCGCCUGGCAGAUGCUCCUGUCGUCGUGGUUACAUUGGCAACAGCUGUGAGCUUGAUCUGGACGAGUGUGCGAGUGAUCUUCACAGAUGUCACCAUUCAUCAACGUGCUUCAAUAUGCCUGGCUGGUACUACUGUCGUUGCAAGCCCGGUUACAGAAGUGCAUUACACGACAGCAGCCAGGGUACCCAGUGUCUGGACAUUGACGAGUGUAAUGACCAAACUCUGGAGAGAAGACACACCUGUCAUCCAACUGCCAGGUGUAUCAAUACGGAUGGGGGAUAUCAGUGCGAUUGUCCAGGUGUUGAGACAAGUCAAGAGUGCAAGCUCAGCUGCUGGUUCGAGGACAGGGAGGUGGGUAAUGGGGAGACACUGGCCCCUGCUGGCAACCCCUGCAGACAGUGCACCUGCAAGGACGGUGUCAUCUCCUGCAGGGAUCCCAUUUGCGACUGCAGCUUGCCAUCCAGCAGACGAGACAAGUGCUGUCCACAGUGCGAUCCUGCUGCCUCUUGCAGGCAUCAGGAGCUUCAUCAUCUUAUUUUUAGGAGCGGAGAGAGAUGGAUUUAUCAGUGUCAAACAUGCGAGUGCCUGUAUGGAGAGAUAGACUGUUGGCAAAUGGAAUGUCCCCCAGUGAGCUGUACGAACCCCGUCACCGAGGAUGGCGAUUGUUGUCCACGAUGUGAGGAUGAUCCCUGUGCACGGGAAAUUCACACGAAUAUUACCGGUAUCGCACUGUCAAGUCAUCCACGACCGUGCAGUUACGCCGGUAUAAUUCAUGACAGUGGCAGUUCUUGGCAGGACCCGCAUGACAAAUGCACAACGUGCGAAUGCAAGGUGCCGUACUGCGCCCAAUUGGUGAGCAAUAGCGCGUGUUGUGUGCAUCGGACGGUCAAUUAUGCUGCAGCUACGAUUAUGGCUGUGCUGGUGAUUUGGGGAAUGGGACUCCCUCAAUCCCUCCUAGAAAGUCUGAUACUACCUCUGUGCUACGUAGCACAGACCCUUCGAGCGCGCAUAUCGCUACAUCGAAAACAACAGUAUCAACGAUCGGACCAAACGAUAACAAUCCUCGAUUAUCACCCCGAGACAUUAGAGCCAGUGAUAAAUCACCAGAAUCAACGAUUAUCAUCGAGACAACUAAAACACAAACAAUAUCAUCACCAAAGACAUUCAAAUCAUCCGAGAAAUACAACGAUCAGUCAUCUGGAGUUGAUGAUGCACACGGUAUCACCAAAAAUAUCAUUUCAUUUCCAAAGGCACAACCGGUUAAUCGUAAGUUAUUGGCAACAACGAGAAGCCAACAGAGACGUGCACAACUGGUAAUUGGUAAACGUAGCGACGUUGAUGCUGGUAGAUCCGGUUACAUUGCUGCAAGAGCCAUUGGUAGCACUGAUGCUACCUGAAGUGGUCAUCAUAGCUCCUGCGUUAAGACGCUGACGAAUUAACGAAAAUAUUAAUAUCGACGAAUUACGAGUUACAAACGGGUCAAGUCAUUCCACAUAGAGGGAGGGAGGGUGGGUCUGGGGGCUGAAACGCUGUCAAGUGCCUCAAUGGCGAUGUGAGAAAGCAAUUGUCAACAUCUUCAAGAUUUUUCCAUGACAAGGAGAAUCGAUUUUGCUUUGAAAUCAGUGCGUUAUUGGUCGACGAGAGUUAAUUUUUACUGAAAUUCUUUGUUAGUUUCUUCUCCCUCCCUCGAUCCCUUUUCUUUUGUAAUUUUGUAUUUUCUUUUCUUUUCGGCGGUUGAUGAGAUGAGUAAGAAUAAGGGGAGAGACUUUGGAAAAUGGUACGUCGUUGGGUGAUGAUGGAAUAACUGGUUGAUCCGUAAUUUUCUAGGGAACACUGUUUGUCAUAUGACUCGUAAAUUCAGAGAAUUGAAUUUAUUUAGGAAUUUUUAGAGGAAUUAUUCACGUUUUAUCGUAAUGUGAAUCGAGCGACAGUUUUUCUCAUGUUUGUAAUUGCAUACAACGAUGAAAUAGUGCUUGAACCGAUUGUCCCAGGAAUUGAUGAGGGGAAUAAUUAGUGAUGGGGGAAUUUGGGAGAUGAUUUUUUUUUUGUCCCGCCCGAUGAACGCGCUGGACUCGCUCGAUCGGUUUUUUUUCACGAUUGAUCCUAAGGUUUUCCCGCUCAGCCCAAUGGUAACGAAUUAAGGUACUUCCUCAGUGUCGGAAAAUUGGUGGAAAUAUUUUUUUCAUGUAAAAGUGUCUGCUAGACCCCGAGAAAUGACACUUUGAACCCAAUUAAAUUGCAUUUGAAAUUUUGUAUUCGUUUCAAUUUAUUUCUGUAUCCAAUGAAUUUUUCGUUUAUGUAAAAUAAAUAGUUUCUUAAAUGCUGAUAAUUAUUAUGCCUCUAAGUAAUAAAGUCUGCAUGUGAGUGAAGGAAAUAUUUGUUUAUGGUUGAAAAAUUAUUUAUUUGGUGUGAAUAAAAUGAAUAAAAAAAAUAUUUGGGUCUGAAUGAACGCAUUUAUAUAAUUCAAACAAACCAUUUUUCGGGGGACAGAACGAUAUUACUUAUACAGUCCCAAGCUUAUUUUUUAAUUGACAAUUAAUUUUUAAUGUGUGAAAUAAUUGUUUAGAAAAAUUCUCUUCGAUUUUUUUUGAUUAUCCUGUACUAUCGCCUAUUUUUUCUCCAGAAAAAUUCUCGAUAAUGAUUCAUUAAAUAAAUGUUCAAAUUAUAAUUAACAAAAGGUCUCUCCCUUGAAAAAUCUGCUGUUUCCAAUUUCGCGAAUGAACGAUAAACGAAAGCUGGAAAAAUCAUUCCAGUUUUCCAUGAAUUAAAUCCAGAAAAAAAUGUUGACUGAGGAAAUACCUUAAUGAAGCGAAAACGGAUGAAAAAUACUACAACUACAUUCCUUCUUAAACUAACCAUAAGUAGGCACUAAUGAGAGAAACACAUAUGAUUAUAGAAGUGAAAGAAUAAAAAAAAAUGAAAAGAAACAUAACUAAAUAAAAUAAUUAAAACUAAAGUUACGUAAGAGAAUUAAACAAACGCCUGCCCACAAGAAAAAACCGUUAAUGCAGAUUGUAUUACCGUAGGGGUACAUAUGAGAUUUAAAAACUAAAUUAAUCUAAAUUAUUAAUAAAAAAACGAAAGAUCCAACGCAGAUGUUUAAAAAAAUAAUGUGAAACGGCCAACAGCGCCUCGAAAUUAAUACGUAGCGUGUAAAUGAAAAUCUCAAGACUCACGAGAUCAUUAAUUGCAGAUGAAAUAAAUAAACAGUGAGCGAUAAUUAAUAAAAAAAUACGAAACAUACUUUUUCAGAAUCUCGCAAUACGCACCAGAGAAUUAUUGGUAAACGUUUGUUCAAUGUGCAAUAAUUUUCGAUUUAAAAUAAUCUAGCUUAAUUUAUAAACGAUUGGUUUAUAUAAAAAUAAAAAUUGAUAACAAAAAAAUGAGCGAGAGAGAGAGAGAGAGAGAGAGAUGACAGCAAUGAUUGAGCGGAUGCAUUGGGAAGCGUAAGAGACACGUGACAUCGAAUCGAAUGAUCUUUACAUUGAGUUUGAUUUGUCGUCGCAUUUGGAGAGAGAGAAUAACAGUUGAGAUGCCAAUUUAAUUGGUCUCAGGGUCGAUCUCGUGCGAUUUUAAUCGACCUAGUCGAAUCGGGCAUAGAGAUUAAGGUCUCCCCUCUUAGAGGUUCAAUUCUAGUCAUACAUUGAUGUGAAUCGAUCAGUCGAUUGCAAAGAAAAAAAAAAUCUAAAAGAUCAUCUAAAAAAUUUGAUAUAUCAAUGUAAAUGACUCAUUGCGUUUGAUAUAAUAUUUAUCAUCUUAAUUUGACUAUUAUUGAGGAUGAAUCAUUGAUAGCAGUUGGUAACGCUGAGACAUUAAUAAUUAUGAAAUUAAAAACUUUCCCAGGAAGUACAUAACUGUACAUUUAAAUAAUGAUGAAAUUGUAAAUUGUAUGACAUUUUUAUUUUCAAUUAUUAAAAUAGAAAAUACAGUGUACAAAAUAAUUGUUUACAGAUAUUUUUUUUUUUCUCAUUUUGUUUUCCUCAUUAAUUCUAGUUUAAUGUAACUAAAGAGCCAAUGAAAAUAUUGUUAGCUUUUAAUUAGUAACAUUUGAAUAAUAAAUUACAAGUGAAGAGAUGAUGAGUGAAUAAUAUUCAUUCCCGAUAAUGUAUUUUCAGGCUGAAAAUAUAAACGACAUUGAGCAAUGAAUAUGUUAAUGAAGUUUAAUGACGAAAAAUUAUAAACAAUAAAUAGAGAUGUAAAAACAAAUACUGUUCCUUAAAUAAAUGAAGAUUAAAGAAACAAAGUUAUAUAUGAAACGAACCGCUGGUCGUGUGCGGCUCUGACAGAUGAUUCUUUUUAAAAAAAAUACUGAUGCGCAGACAGUUAUUAUAAUGUGACAAGAAAUUAACACUAUCAACAUGAUAUUCGCGAUUGAUGACUAAACAUUGUGUUGCGCCUAAUGAGGAAAUAUCCUUGAAUUAUUAUCCGGUGCGCAGGUGCGCAGUUUGAUUGAAAUAUUCACGAGCGAAACUAUUUCGUUGAAGAGCGUUGCAAAUUGCCAAUUUUUAUUAUAAAUUUCGCCCUUUGAGUUUCUAGGUUUGAUGGAAAAUUUGCAACAGAUCUGAUUGACAUAAACAAUCAAGAGAAUUUGCCUUUGUACCUUUUCUUCUCAUUAAAAAACCUAAACUGAUGCAAUUAAUUAACUCGAGGGAUUAAAAAUAAAUAAAUCAAUUCAAUUUCUUCGCAAAAAUAGAACAAACCCCUCUCGCAAAUUCGCGAAGUUCUUCCGCGAAAUUUUGUUCGUCCUCGUUGAAACAAAAAUGAUAAAUAGUACAUGAGAAUGCUGUUACUCUAAUGUAUAUAGUUGUGUGCCGUUAGUUUAUCAUACAUUAUACAUAUAAGCUGAUUAAAUACGCAAAUAAUUAUUUACAUUAUUACGAAUGAGAGGGAAAUCACAACAAGAGGAGAGUGAAUAAAAAAAGAUUAAGAAAUAAAGUGACGAAUUGAAUAAAGAA